CCUAAAUUCAAAAUUGUCACAAUGUCAGUCAAGAAAGUUUUAGACUGGAUGGCUCUCGCCAUCGAUGUCGACAAGAAGCCCGUAGUUACGGAGGCUUCUAAAGUUACCGAGCAGGCUUCUAAAGUUGCUGAGCAGGUUGACCAGUGCAUAAGGCACAAGACCAGUAAAAAGCAUAGGGUCUUCAAACACUUGCUACAAGAAUAUGUAGUUCUACAGAAUUUGACAUCCGGAAGCACAGCCACGAUCUUUCUAGCACAAGAGGCGAAAACAGGAAGGGUUGUGGUGAUCAAAGAGCAGCUGUUAGAAAAUCGAGAUCUGUACUCAAUCAGCAGAGAAGCCGCAAUACAUAGCAUGGUGCACCAUGAAAACGUUAUUGAUUUGAUUGCUACUUCGAGAAAUCACAAAGUGAUGGUUUUGGUGCAGGAGUAUCUCAGCGGUGGUGAGCUGUUUGACAUAGUUGUGCCUGAUGUAGGACUGGAUACUGCUAUUGUCAAGAGCUAUGUGCUUCAAUUAUCGAGUGCUGUGGGAUAUUUACAUAAUAUGGGUAUUGCACACCGAGACAUCAAGCCAGAAAACAUUGUUCUCGACGAAAGCAAGUCCACCGUAAAGCUAAUUGAUCUAGGGCUGUCGGAAGUAAUCAGCAGUGACUCAAAAGCCAUUUAUAAGCGACACAUUGGAACUAUUCCGUAUAUGGCACCUGAAUUGCUCGUGCAGGACGCAGCUCCGAGGAUUACUUUGGAUCUUAAGAAAGCGGAUGUGUGGGCUCUUGGUAUAGUUAUGUAUUGCCUGCUUGUCGGCAGAUUUCCGUGGUCGAAGGCAAAUGCAAAUUCUAAAGAAUACAGAAAAUACCAAUGUAAACCAGAAGAGCUACUGAGAGCGGCACCAUGGACUACUUUAGGACCUGUGCAGCGUGAACUGCUUGUGCAUAUGCUAGACAUCAAUCCCGAGUCGCGUUGGAGUGUCAAUGAGGUACAGAAUUACAUAUAUAGAUUUUGGCCGGAUUUGGAUAAAAAGGGUCGUCGAACGGUAGAGUGCGAUUCUCCUAUAGACAGCGGCUAUAACAGUAUGAGCGAGAUGUCAAACAGCAGCGCCCCGUGCUCGCCGCGUGUUGCAGCCGUAGGUGAUGCCGGCGAUCACAAUAGGAAAAUCGCUAUGAAUCUUCAAAGCUUAUACGUGUAAGUGAAAACAGGCAACGCACAUACCAAGGGCAAAGUACUCGACGUACAUGUCAGUAAAAAUAUUAGGACAAAUAAAAUAGGAACAAAUAGUCAUUUUAUAUUGAAUGUGCGGCAACAUUUAAGCUUCUCUGCCAUACUUUAGCUAUUGGCAGCGGGGUGUUCAAUCGGUAUCGAUGUACAACGCGCCUCCUAUUACAUAUUCAGCUUUCUUCACCUUG